AAUCCCAUUCCAUUCUUCAGAGGCAACCCCACACACACACACACACACACACACACACACACACACACGCACACACACAGGCGCUGGGUCCUCCCUGAGAGCAGCGUGAACGCGAGACGUAAUUGCUCGGGUCCCGAUUGAUCUGGAGAGGAGGUGUUGUCUUCAGAGGUUGAGCCAUUCCGCGCUCUGAUGCCAAGCGCACAUGGAGGACAGUGCCAAAGACUUCUCUCACCUGGCGAGCACGCCGUCCGCGGAUCUUGGAUUUCCAUUAUAGCAGGACAGCGACCGCUUUUAGGGCUUUUUAAAGAAUUUUAAGACAAGUGUUUUGGAAUCGAGGCUGUCGCUGCUGCGGGGGUCGGAGCGGCGUUCGCGCGUCGCUAUCUCAGGUUAAGUGGCACUUAGUUGAUGCCACACGACAGCCGAACGCCGUUUAGUCUGUUCGCAGAGUACAAGUGUUAGUUCGUGCCGCGAUAACGACUAGAACUAGCGCGGUGGAACGGUACCGGGGCCGAGGAGGAAAGUUUCUGGAGCGCGCGCAUUAGUCCGAGCGUCCGUGAGAUGCUGCUGUAAAUGCGGGGCGAUGUCCCGACGGAAGCAAGGCAACCCACAGCAUCUGUCCCUCACACAGAGGGAGAACCUACCGACUGCAGCAGAUCAUGACCCGUCGGAGGGCUCCAUGGUCAGCCCUGUGGGCGGAGCCGGAGAGAGCGACCUGCUGACCUGCGGUCAAUGUCAAACCAACUUCCCCCUGGGAGAUAUUCUAGUGUUUAUCGAGCACAAAAGGAGACUGUGUCCCGGACCCGGCGCCUGUUUCGACAAACCGACGGACUGUGGCGGCUCCCCGGCCCCCAGACCCCCCCGGCCGGAAAUCUGCCGGAGGUCUGGACCGGUGGAGGUCGGGAUCCAGGUCACGCCCGCAGAGGAGGAGGAGAAACGACUGACGCCCGCCAGAGGAAUCUGCCCCAAGCAGGAGGGCGUCCCAACAGGAAAAGAUGAGCCCUCCAGUUACAUCUGCACCACUUGUAAGCAGCCCUUUACCAGUGCAUGGUUUUUGCUGCAGCAUGCACAGAACACCCACGGGAUACGCAUCUACCUGGACACCCACCCUACUAGCUGUUCGCUUACCCCUCGCAUGGCCCUUCCUCCACCACUGGGGGCUGACGCCUUGCCCCGUUCCCCUCUAGCCAGCUUUCUGGGUGAUGGUAGCAACCCUUUUCAGCUGCUGCGUAUGGGUGCCCCAUUGCUACGAGAUCCUCCGCCACCCGGAUACUUAGAAACCCGAUUGCCAUCUACCCCGCCCUUUGUAAGCCCUCCACCGCCCCGCCAUCCUCUGGAACGCCUUGGCCCUGAGGAGAUGGGUCUCCUGUCCCAGCAUCCAAGUGCUUUUGAGCGGGUCAUGCGGCUGACACCCAUGGGCAUUGAACCAUCCAUGGGCUUCUCUCAGCGUCUUCGUGAAUUGGCGGGCAACAACAACAAUGGCGGUCCCACUCCCCCUCUUUCACCCAACCGCGUGCCCCCCAUGCAUCGGCUUCUCAGCCCUACUCUGUUCCAGCCUGGCUCCAAACCCCUACCUUUUCUAACCACACCCCCACAGCCACCAUCAGUUCCAUCCAGAGGCAAUUGCUCACCACCGCUAAAUCAGGUGGGCAAAGCCAAGUCCUGUGAGUUCUGCGGCAAGACUUUCAAGUUCCAGAGCAACUUGAUCGUGCACAGACGUAGCCACACUGGCGAAAGACCCUAUAAGUGUCAUCUCUGCGACCAUGCAUGUUCACAGGCCAGCAAGCUAAAACGCCACAUGAAGACGCACAUGCACAAGUCAGGCUCCAUGGGGAGUUCACCUGAGCAGGGAGGGCAAGAUUCGGCUGGAGAGGGGCUUAAGAACAGUGAGGAAAAUGGCACGAGGGAAGGAUUGGAUAAUGAGGAGGAGGAAGAAGAAGAGGAGGAGGAAGAAGAAGAGGAGGAGGAAGAAGAAGAACAACAUCAAAAUGGAAGCAGGCCUGAAUCCAACCUGAGCAUGGACUCAGAGUUGAGCAGAAAUAGAGAGAAUGGCCCAAGACCCUCCCUAGAGGAGAAACGUCUGUCCACUGAAAGAGUGACAGAAAACCAAUACAACAACCUCGACAAUCACUUGAGACUGCCACCGGGCAGCAGGCCAUGCGAGGAGAUGGACACCGAUUCGGCAUCCAGAGAGGCUGACAGAGACAGGGGGCCAAUGGUGAAUGGCAGAGGCUGUGGCCCGGAGGAUCCCAUCUCAGCGUUGUUCCACCGGAAGCCAAUGCCUAUUUCCAGCUCCAGCCUCACUGGGUCUUCCGCCAAGAGGAUCAAGAUAGAGAAGGAUGCGGAGCUGCCACAGGUGCCCGUCAUAUCCCCUGAAAAUGUGUAUUCUCAGUUGCUUGCCGGUUAUGCUGCAUCCCGCCACUUCAUAAGGGAGCCCUUCCUGGGUUUUAACGACUCCAGGCAGUCACCUUUCGGCACUUCUUCCGAGCACUCUUCAUCGGAGACAGGCAGUCUGCGAUUCUCCACCCCUCCAGGGGAAAUUCUGGAAGGCGGUGGGAUGUCGGGGAGAAGUGGCAGUAGUACACCUCACCUUCAGCUGCGGGGUCCUGGGCCUGGGAGACCACCCAGCUCCAAGGAGAGUCGACGGAGUGACACCUGUGAGUACUGUGGCAAGGUGUUCAAGAACUGCAGUAAUCUGACCGUGCAUCGGCGCAGCCACACAGGUGAGAGGCCUUACAAGUGUGACCUGUGCAGCUACGCUUGUGCCCAGAGCAGCAAGCUUACCCGGCACAUGAAGACCCACGGGCAGUUUGGCAAAGAGGUGUAUCGCUGCGAUAUUUGCCACAUGCCCUUCAGCGUGUACAGCACCCUGGAAAAACACAUGAAGAAGUGGCAUGGAGAGCAUUUGCUGACCAAUGAGGUCAAACUUGAGCAGGCUGACAGAGCUUGAGAUCACUUACCAAUGCACUGCAUUUUGGGUUUUAGCUGGAUAGUCUUUUUCUUGACUAUAUAUAUAUUUUUUGGAGUGAUUUGAUUUUUUUUUUUUUUAGUGAAAACAAACUGCCACCUGAGAAACAAGAACACAGGGAAAUGUUAGUCUGCGGUUCUAAAACCCUUCUUGCAUAUCCCAGCAACUAACAGAGGAGUAGUCCAUUAGGAAUUCAUGGAGCCUUUCUACUGUGCAAUAAUUUCUGUAUUUAUUGGAUUAUUUGUAAUGAUACAUGGCAUGUGCAGGUACAUUAUCGAUGGGUUUCUGCAUUCAGUUCCUGAAAUUAUAUUUCUACACCCCAUCUUAUGAUAUGACAAAUACUGAGAUUUUGGCAUUCAGCCAGUUUUGUGUUAUAAACUAGUUUCCUCAAAGGAAACAAAUGGGUAAUUUCUAAAAAGAAGAGGUCAGCUUCUAAAAAUCGGAGAAAGUUUUCAUGCUAUUGUUGCUGUCAUUGGCCCCACUCAUCAUGGGUUAUAUUCAGUAGAUAGACGUAAAGCACUGAAUGUCACUUUGACAAUAAAAUAUUCAAGGGGCCAAAAACCCAGGGAUGUUUAAAGGCAGCUGAUAGGCAGUUUGACUGCAUCUGAAUGAUUUUCUGUUGACAACCUUUGAAAUGAAUGAGAUAAAAUUAAAUGCAAGUUCAUCAACCAUGACAUUUAGGAGAAUGACACCAUGCAAAAGAAAACAAAAAAGAUAUGUUUCCUCUACAUAAUAAUGGUUCCCGUAUAUAAACAGUCUUGAGGCUAAGAGUGUUGCAUUACUGACAUAUGUUUUACAAACUAACAUGAUUUAAUGCCCAGGUUUUACUUUUAAAGAUCAAAAUGUUUACAUUUACUUAAAUUAAAACCCAUGCCAUUUCUGCCAAAUUCAUCUAUCACUUAAUUAUAACUGAUUGCUUUCCAAACCUUGUACAAGGUCAAAUCCUUUCAUAUGGUGUUAUAAUAUGUAAAUUGUGUUUGACUAAUUCAGCCUGGUUACAUAUCAAAUUUUUAUUAUAGGCUCACAUGGAGGAUUUUUCAAAAAUGUUGCAUUCCUGUUAAAUUAUUGUUCAUACACAACUCAAUCUAUCAUUGAAUCAAAAAUGAAUUAGCAGCUAUUUGGGCACCAAGCACAGGUGCUCACCUGUAGAAAUCAUUUGAGUAAAUAGACACAUAUGCAUACACACACACACACACACACACACACACACACACACACACACACACACACACACACACACACACACGCAAAGCCAUUAAGCUGUAGCAGCAUUAUAUGCACCAUCCUGUGCGUUGUUGAAACCGCAAUCACUGAAUUGUGUUGGGGCUCUCUAGAAGCCCUGGGUGACUGCCUGUCCUCUAAAGGAUCCUAGGAUUAAAUGAUUUCCUCAUUACGAUCUCUGUUCCUCCACACUGAAUCGCCUCCACCUGUCUCCUUUCAUACAUCAUCAGCUCAAAUUUACACCACAGUCUUCGCCUCCACCCCGCAUGCACCACUGUUCUCUAUCUGCGCAUUCACUAUUUACAACAUCCUGCCAUUUAUAUUCAUGGCUUUCUACAGUUUACAUUUUAUUUUUGACUUGAAUAGAAAGUUGAAUUUAAGCUACGGCUGCACAUGUUGCCCGCUCGAAAUCAGUCAGCGGGGUACAUCGUAAAGAAAUGUACAGCACAAUAAUAUGAACCAUUUUUUAAAUACGGAUGUGUAGUUUAUCACCUACUUGUCAGAUACUUAGCAAACCUCUCUUUGCGUAAAUGACAGGAAGUGGCCAUAACUUGAAAGAAUAUCAGGAGGAAAUGUGUUGUAGUCAAGAAAGCAUGUCGAAUUUAAGUGCUACCAAUGGCUUUCGGAGACAGGCGUAAGCAGACAACACGGACGUGCCUCAAAUUAAUAUUCAGCCUUUAUCUUCUGAUGUAGUUCAAACUCCUGCUAUACAGCGGACAAAAACAAUCCAUGAACAAAUUAUCAUAACCAGUAUCAUUUAAAGUCAUUAAGGGGAAUCAAAACAAAGUCGUAAAAGAUGACUGUUGUAAAGUGUGCUUCAUUUUUGAGGGAAAGUUUUAACGCACAGGUUUGAGAAAUUACGAAGCCAUUUCUUUACUGAUUUAUUUAGAUGGACUAGAAAAUUAUUGGCAGUGGAAGUAAAACAAAUAAUUGGAAUAAAAAAAAAACUAUGACACUGUCUUUAAAUAAUGUUUACAGUGUUGAAGUAUAAGGAUACUGAGCUCUUCUGUAUAUGUGUUUUAAAUGAGACAAAUGUUUUGUCCUCUGUUUUUUUUACAAUAUUGAAUAUCAUAGCAGGGUUUUCUCCUCUUUCCCUUUGUUUUUUUCCCUCCCCUCCUUUUUUGGUGCAGGUAUUUCCGUAAAUUUCUAUGGAUAUAUGCGCGUGUAUGUUUUGUUCAUUGUUAAAUUCUCAAUGUAUUUGUAAUUUCAGUGGCAUUUUAUGAAAUGAUGCAAAAAAUCUUUAUAUUUUGCAGUCCAUUAUGAAAUUGUGAGUCUAUUCAAAUGUUUUGUCACUAUAUCUGUUCAUAAUUUUGGUAAUUCCAUCCACAGGAGGAUGUAAAAAAAUGGAAAUAAAAAUGAAAACAAACAAGAAGAUAA